AUGUCGGACGGCAUAAGGGCUACGAUAUUAGAUAAUAGGAUGUGGUUUUACCCUGUUAUAUGUUUCAUACUAUUUGUGAUAUGCGGUACAUAUGCCGAGGAAAUAUGCAGGAAAAAUAAACGGGACAGGGAUGCCCAUGUUGAUAUGACGGUCACUGUGCAACCAGUUCCAACUGGUCACACUAAUGUACCAGGUACAUCCAACGUGCCAACUACCUGUCCUACCAAAGAGGAACUGGAGGCUAGGUUAAGGACACUACUGGACUCAACCAUAGAUAAUAUAAAGCGAUUUGAAUCAACAACACCUGAAAGUGUGAACAUAUCAUACGACCUUGCUACGUUGAUAAAUGCCCGUGAAAGUAUUGAGGAAUUGUAUCGUAAAGUAGCCAAUGAUACCGAGAACCUUGUUGAAUUAUGUGGGAAAUGUAUGCAUUGGGAACAGUGGACACAGGGUUGGGUCAAAAUGAUGGACGACUACAUUAAGCUUGGUUAAUAAAUAUAAGACAC